AUGACUACCGAAUACGGAGAAAGCGGCCAGCAGAAAAGGUCUCAGCUUACUUCCAAGUGCACAGACGAAAUGAUAAUAGAAGUAGUGAGCCAAGCGCCAUUUAUUUCACAUGCAGAGCUAGCAGACCUUUUAGGAGCAAUAGAUUCAGAAAGGCUAGAAGAGAUAGCUAAGAACAACCCAAGUAUUAUGCACACCAUAUAUGAUAUUCUUUUAUUUCGGGCCACGCAGAUAGACAGAGUAGAGCCACAGAAAAUUAAUAGCAUGGUGUAUACAGACUUUUCAACACCAAAUACGCCUUACAGCAUGUGGAGUAAGGACAUUCUCAGAUUUACAACAAUUGAUUUAAAAUCAGCACAAAAACUUAGUGCUCUUCUGAGAAGAAAGUAUAAUGAGGUAAAGCCACAUGAGAUAAUGGACCUGUUGAGAAAGUUAGAGCACAUGUGCACAGGAAGUGCAUUUACCGCCCAGGAAAAAACUCUUUCAUUGGCACUUUUAAAUAUAGCAGUGCUUGAGGGAAACAUUUCACCAAGGUACAUUCUUCAUUUCUGCUCACUAAUGAAGUGUAUGCAGUAUUUACCUGCAGACAGUACACUUCUUGAGUACUUUGAGAGGGAAGACAUGUCUACUGCAGAGGAGGCAGUAAUUUCAGCUAUAAAAGAAAAAAGAGUGCAGAGCCACUGGGUUCUUAAACAGUUUUUACAAGCACACUCAGAACGAGUUCUUUCUAUAUUCUAUAAGAUAAAAGACGAUCUAAUACAAUACAUAAAAGAAAAUGAGGUUGAAAGGACUGUUUUACACCUAACACCUCUUUAUAUGUACAGCCAAGCGGAAGAAACAGAAGAGUGUAUUUUUAGUGAAUUUAAAGAAAACAGAAAUAUGCUUAAAGAAAUGUGCCAAGAGCAAAUAUGGAACUAG